UUAUGCAUUAUUUCAGUUCAUUUUCGUUAAACACUGCUGAACUAUGAACAGAAAAUGAUACAUAUUUUUCUGCUGUUGUGGAAUUGCGUUACAAUUAUUCAAUGUUUUCUGUACCCUGUUAUCGACCCAGUUAAGUUAUACAAUUACACCGCUCCGGAAGACCAAGUGACCUUUUAUUUAUACUCUUAUGACGAUCUUUCAAAUCCUGACCAGAUUUUCGUCGACAAUCCAUCCUCUAUUAGCGAUUCGAGGUUUGAUCCAGAUUUGGAAACCAAAGUAAUUAUUCAUGGUUGGUCUCACAAUCGAAACGUUCCUUGGCUGGUCGAAAUGCGUGAAGCAAUGGCAAAUAGGGAACAAUGGAACAUAAUAGUCGUGGAUUGGGCACCCUUAUCACACGUCAUUUACAUAGAAGCUCGAGUACAUACGACCGUUGUUUCUAAGCAGGUGGCCCACAUGAUUUUAACGCUCAAACGGUUUGCUGGUCUACAUUUGGCCGAUGUACAUUUGAUAGGUCACAGUAUGGGAGCGCAGAUCUCAGCUUAUGCAGGAUUAAAAGUACAUGAAAUUACUUUAGAAAAAAUUGGUAGGAUUACAGGACUAGAUCCUGCAGGGCCACUUUACGAAUGGCCACAUAUGGAAUCUUUAGACGAAGUUUUGGAUGCAUCUGAUGCGGAAUUUGUCGACGUUAUUCACACGAAUGGCGGACGUAUCGGGAUGAUAACCCCUGCGGGACACUUGGACUAUUAUCCAAACGGAGGAGAACGUCAACCAGGCUGCGAACUUUGGGGUUGCAGUCACCUACGUUCGGUCGAAUACUGGACUGCAUCAGUAAAAAAUCCCUGGAUAUUCCAAGCGUAUUUAUACAGGGAUUGGGUUGAAUACUGGCAUGGUCUUGGUGAAAAUAUUGUCGCAUAUCCUAUGGGAAUACUGGCAAAUAAAUCAUUCCCUUCCGGAACAUAUUAUGUAGAGGUACAUAGUGAAUUCAAAAUGUAUCUGAAUACUGUUACUACGAUUCAUGAUAGUUUUUCGUAAGGUUAGAUGGCUGGAUUUUGACAUAUUAAAUGUGUAUGAAAGUAAA